ACUCUGCUCCCUCCAUACUAAACACACGAACCAGACAAGUUCCUACGAAAAGCCAACACUCCACGCCCAUUUUCGUCGGGGAAUAUGUACCCAUCGGCUUUAGAUAAAUAAGGAAACAGCAGGCUGAACCAGAACUAAGAGAAAAUUGGGCAGAGAGAAGGCAAUGGCGAGUCCACCGAGGCGCUGGGCCUGCGGAGAGCUGCUGCUGCCCUUCAUGCUCCUGGGGACGCUGUGCCAACCGGGAUCCGGGCAGAUCAGCUACUCGAUGCCGGAGGAGCUGGACAAAGGCUCCUUCGUCGGCAACAUCGCCAAGGACCUUGGGCUGGAGCCCCAGGAGCUGGCGGAGCACGGAGUCCGCAUCGUCUCCAGAGGUAGGACGCAGCUUUUCGCUCUGAACCCGCGAAGCGGCAGCUUGGUCACCGCGGGCAGGAUAGACCGGGAGGAGCUCUGCGCUCAGAGCCCGCUGUGUGUGGUGAACUUUAACAUCUUAGUUGAGAACAAAAUGAAAAUUUAUGUAGUAGAAGUAGAAAUAAUCGAUAUUAAUGAUAACUUUCCGCGUUUCCGGGAUGAGGAGUUAAAAGUAAAAGUUAAUGAAAAUGCGGCUGCAGGGACACGUUUAGUGCUUCCCUUCGCGCGGGAUGCAGAUGUGGGUGUGAACUCCCUCCGGAGUUACCAGCUCAGCUCCAAUCUGCACUUCUCUCUGGAUGUGGUAAGCGGAACUGAUGGACAAAAGUAUCCGGAGCUGGUGUUGGAACAGCCCCUAGACCGCGAGAAAGAGACUGUUCACGACCUCCUCCUCACAGCUUUAGAUGGCGGAGACCCGGUACUCUCCGGCACCACGCACAUUCGUGUUACAGUACUCGACGCAAACGACAAUGCACCCCUGUUCACGCCAUCCGAGUACAGCGUGAGUGUUCCGGAGAACAUACCUGUGGGCACUCGGCUGCUCACGCUAACCGCCACGGAUCCAGAUGAGGGAAUAAACGGGAAAUUGACCUACUCUUUUCGCAAUGAGGAAGACAAAAUUUCGGAGACUUUCCAUCUUGAUUCCAACCUGGGGGAAAUCUCAACUCUACAACCGCUGGACUAUGAAGAAUCCAGAUUCUACCUCAUGGAAGUGGUAGCUCAGGAUGGAGGCGCUCUUCUUGCCAGCGCUAAGGUGGUGGUCACAGUACAGGACGUGAAUGACAAUGCCCCCGAAGUGAUCCUCACCUCUCUGACCAGUUCCCUCUCUGAAGACUGUCUUCCAGGAACUGUAAUCGCGCUGUUUAGUGUACAUGAUGGUGAUUCUGGAGAAAAUGGUGAGAUUGCAUGCUUUAUUCCUAGGAACUUGCCUUUUAAACUGGAGAAGUCAGUUGAUAAUUACUAUCACCUAUUAACAACUAGAAACCUGGACAGAGAAGAGACUUCAGAUUAUAAUAUCACUUUAACCGUCAUUGACCAUGGAACCCCGUUGAGAGACCUACAGCUGUGGGUGACAGCCAGCGACAGCGGGGACCCGCCUCUUAGCAGCAACGUGUCACUGAGCCUGUUUGUGCUGGACCAGAAUGACAAUGCGCCCGAGAUCCUGUAUCCCGCCAUCCCCACAGACGGUUCCACCGGCGUGGAGCUGGCGCCCCGCUCCGCAGAGCCUGGCUACCUGGUGACCAAGGUGGUGGCGGUGGACAGAGACUCGGGCCAGAACGCCUGGCUGUCCUACCGCCUGCUCAAGGCCAGCGAACCGGGACUCUUCGCGGUGGGACUGCACACGGGCGAGGUGCGCACGGCUCGGGCCCUGCUGGACAGAGACGCGCUCAAGCAGAGCCUCGUGGUGGCCGUCCAGGACCACGGCCAGCCCCCUCUCUCCGCCACUGUCACGCUCACCGUGGCUGUGGCCGACAGCAUCCCGGAAAUCCUGGCCGACCUGGGCAGCCUGGAGCCCUCCGACGGUUCUCACAACUCUGACCUCACGCUGUACCUGGUGGUGGCGGUGGCUGUGGUCUCCUGCGUCUUCUUGGCCUUCGUCAUCGUGCUGCUGGCGCUCAGGCUUCGGCGCUGGCACAAGUCACGCCGGCUGCAGGCUUUGGGAGGUGGCUUGGCAAGCAUGCCCGGCUCACACUUUGUGGGCGUGGACGGGGUUCGGGCUUUCCUGCAGACCUAUUCCCACGAGGUCUCACUCACUGCAGACUCGCGGAAGAGUCAUCUGAUCUUCCCCCAGCCCAACUAUGCGGACACGCUCAUCAGCCAGGAGAGCUGUGAGAAAAGCGAGUCUCUUCUCACAACUCAGGAUUUACUUGAAACGAAAGGAGACCCCAGGCGACUUCAGACACACUCAUCAGCCAGGAUGGCUGUAAGAGAAGUGAACCUCUUUUGGUACAGGAAGAUUCGUGAUUUUGUAAAGUGGAAGACUCCCUUGUUCAGCACUUCCCGAGACUGGCGCCUGAGCAAGAGAAGCAGGACUACUAUGGCGGCUCAGCCAAGGGGCGGGGACUACAGAGGAUUCCUCCUGCUCUCCAUCCUCCUGGGGACCCUGUGGGAAGCCUGGGCAGGACGUAUUCUCUACUCCGUGUCGGAGGAAACGGACAAAGGGUCCUUUGUGGGUGACAUCGCCAAGGACCUGGGGCUGGAGCCCCAGGAGCUGACGGAGCGCGGAGUCCGCAUCGUCUCCAGAGGUAGGACGCAGCUUUUCGCCCUGAACCCGCGCAGCGGCAGCUUGGUCACCGCGGGCAGGAUAGACCGGGAAGAGAUCUGCGCCCAGAGCCCGCGGUGUCUGGUAAACUUUAACAUCCUGAUGGAAGAUAAAAUGAAUCUUUACCCUAUAGACGUGGAAAUAAUAGAUAUUAAUGACAACGUUCCAAGAUUCUUGACGGAAGAAAUAAAUGUAAAAAUAAUGGAGAAUACAGCUCCCGGGGUUCGGUUUCCGUUAAGCGAGGCUGGGGAUCCAGAUGUAGGCACGAACUCCCUCCACAGUUACCAGCUCAGCCCCAAUCGCCACUUCUCCCUGGCUGUGCAAAGUGGAGACGAUGGAACUAAGUACCCGGAGCUGGUGUUGGAGCGGGUGCUGGACCGGGAGGAAGAGCGGGUUCAUCACCUGGUCCUCACAGCCUCUGACGGCGGCGACCCGCCCCGAUCCAGCACCGCCCGCAUCCAGGUAACAGUGGUGGAUGUGAAUGACCACGCGCCUGUCUUCUUUCUGCCUCAGUACCAAGUAACUGUCCCCGAGAAUGUACCAGUGGGCACAAAACUGCUCACGGUACAUGCUAUCGACCUGGACGAGGGAGUCAAUGGGGAAGUGACAUACUCUUUUCGGAAAAUAACUCCUAAACUUCUACAGAUGUUUCAUCUGAACUCGCUUACAGGAGAAUUAUCAACUUUAGAAGGAUUAGAUUAUGAAGAAACUGGCUUCUAUGAAAUGGAAGUUCAGGCUCAAGAUGUUCCUGGUAGUCUGACAAAGGCAAAAGUACUGAUCACAGUUUUAGAUGUAAAUGAUAAUGCUCCAGAAGUGAUUAUGACGUCUUUAAGUAGCUCAAUCCCUGAGGACACACCUCUUGGAACAGUAAUUGCUCUUUUCUACCUACAAGACAGAGAUUCUGGGAAGAAUGGUGAGGUGACCUGCACCAUUCCAGAAAAUCUACCUUUUAAAUUAGAAAAAUCAAUAGAUAAUUAUUAUAGAUUGGUCACAACCAAAAACUUGGACCGGGAAACACUCUCUUUGUAUAACAUCACACUGAAAGCCACAGAUGGUGGAAUUCCUCCCUUGUCCAGGGAAACUCACAUCUCCAUGCAGGUGGCAGACACCAACGAUAACCCACCCACCUUCCCCCACUCAUCCUACUCAGUCUACAUCCCUGAGAACAACCCCAGAGGGGCCUCCAUUUUCUUAGUGACUGCACAGGACCACGACAGUGAGGAGAAUGCCCAGGUCACUUAUUCCUUGGCUGAAGACACCAUCCAGGGGGGACCAGUGUCCUCCUAUGUCUCUAUAAACUCUGACACUGGAGUCCUGUAUGCGCUGCAAUCCUUUGACUAUGAGCAGUUGAGACAACUACAACUAACAGUGACCGCACGUGACAGCGGGGACCCACCUCUCAGUAGCAACAUGUCACUGAGCCUGUUUGUGCUGGACCAGAAUGACAACCCGCCCGAGAUCCUGUACCCGGCCCUCCCCACAGACGGUUCUACUGGCCUGGAGCUGGCACCCCGCUCUGCAGAGCCUGGCUACCUGGUGACCAAAAUAGUGGCAGUGGACAAAGAUUCAGGCCAGAACGCCUGGCUGUCAUACCUCCUGCUUAAGGCCAGCGAGCCAGGACUGUUUGUGGUGGGGCUGCACACGGGUGAGGUGCGGACGGCGCGAGCCCUGCUAGACAGAGACGCGCUCAAGCAGAGCCUCCUGGUGGCCGUCCAGGACCACGGCCAGCCUCCUCUGUCAGCCACCGUCACACUCACCGUGGCUGUGGCCGACAGCAUCCCCGAAGUCUUGGCCGACCUGGGCAGCCUUGAGCCCUCCAACGGUCCUUACAAUUCUGACCUCAUGCUGUACCUGGUGGUGGCAGUGUCCGCAGUCUCCUGCAUCUUCCUAGCCUUCGUUCUCGUACUGCUGGCGCUCAGGCUGCGGCGCUGGCUCAAGUCACGCCGGCUGCAGGCUUCAGAAGGUGGCCUGGCGAGUGUGCCCACCUCACACUAUGUGGGCAUGGAUGGGGUGCGGGCUUUCCUGCAGACCUAUUCCCACGAGGUCUCCCUCACCUCGGACUCUCGGAAGAGUCACCUGAUCUUCCCCCAGCCCAACUAUGCGGACACACUUAUCAGCCAGGAGAGCUGUGAGAAAAAUGAUUCUUUGCUAACAUCCGUAGAUUUUCAUGAAUGUAAAGACAAAGUGCCAACUAUUCAGGUGAGCCCAGCCCUUCCUUUAUUUCCGUGAGUAAUUUGUUUGCAUGAUAUUUCUCUAUUAUUUUGCAAAACAAGUGUUUUGAAAAUAGGGAUUUAAAAACUUUGUAGAGGUAAAACUGAGUUUACCAGUUUCCUUCAGUUGUGACACUUUAAUAUAGAACACAUAGGAUAUAGCAUUUCUUUAGUGAAAACCUGUGGACAAGAUUAUGAAAAAGUGGACUAUCGCAUUUUAUAAUUUCCACCUACUUUCCAAUCUAUGUUCCAACCUACUUUCUUCACUCAUAUAUUUUA